AUGUUCUUUUCAUCACUUUUACAGAGGCGCAUACGUAAAAAGCCCCGUAGACAGAGUACUCGUGAAGAAGAUGACCUUUCCGAUGAACCCGUUUACUGUGUGUGCAGGUCGUCUCAGUGUGAUUCGUUCAUGAUCGCUUGUGAUGCCUGCGAGGAGUGGUAUCACGGUGAGUGUAUCAACGUCACCCCAAAACAAGCGGAAUGUAUUCAAAAGUUUUACUGCCAGGCCUGUAGAGACGAAAAACCCGAGUUGCAAAUUGAGUUCAAACCGGAACACUCAAAUGGUCGUCAGUCAUAUGGAAGCAGACACAGGUCUUCCGAAAUCGCCAGUCCUAUUAUUGGCGAAACGGAUGACUACGCUGAUCUGUUCAGUGGCAUUCAAUCACGCAAACGUAGUCGCAAACAUUCCCAAAUUACCCAGCCUAAACCUCGGCGCGCACCUAAUGCAAUGCCUUUUCGUGGCGGUGAUUCUUCGGAAGACGAAUUUGAUCUCGAUCACUCUCAGUUCGCCUCCCCAUCAUCAAGUUAUUCACAAUCCCACGCAAUGCCGUACUCACAUCGCCCAAAGUACAGCCGAAUGACACCCCCGUCUUACGAAAGCCAGGCUGAUCCAGAAUUUCAACACCAGUGGCGACGCCCAAUUGCGCGAAGCAGAUAUCCUCCACCUUGUGGUGAAUGCGACAGCUGCAAAACACGGGAUAACUGCGGAACCUGCGAGGUUUGUAGAAGUCCGAAAUUCAAGCAAGGUCGCAGUCGACAGUAUUGCCUCUACAAGGCAAAAAUGUGUUUGGCAAAUGAUUCAGAAUUUCAGCAAGCGUGGCGGCGUCCCGUCGCACGGGGCCGCUACUUCCAACCAUGUGGCGAAUGUGAAAAUUGCAAAACGAAGGGGAAUUGUGGGAAUUGCGACGUGUGUCGAAGUUCCAAGUUCAAGCAGGGCCGGACUCGACAAUAUUGCUUAUAUAAGGCGAAGAUUUGCCUUGCUAAUGAUUUUCAGCGCCAACCCUCAAAAGUUAGUCCCAAUCAAAGUCAUUUGUCUGAUAUUGACUACGAAGCUCAAUUUGACGAUUUCUCAUCGUCUUCUCGAUUUUUGCCGGGAUCCCACAAAAGUGGCAUAACAAUUGGAAGUAAGAUGCGUCGGGGCGACCAUUUGCCCGGUGGCUUGGGUCCAUCAGGGCGCCAUGUUCACGACCGAGUUCUUGAACCUUCAUAUAGUCGACGGGGUCCUAACUCCGACAUGAACUUUCUCGAAAGUCCAGAUCUCGUGACGUCUUAUGGAAUGCCUUCUCAUCGUGUUGAUAGAAAUGGGUCGUCCCGUUUUGGUGGGCAUCAAAAUCGUCAAGAUGACACUGAGCCACGUGUUGUGCGUAGCGUUGGCGGUAUUUUAGACAACGAAGAUCUUCUUGAGGCCUCGGAUGUCCCUCCUAAUUACGAUUCUGAUGAGGACGUUGUUCUUCCUGAAAUGCGACCUUGUGCCGGGCCCGCUUGUUCAAAGCCGGCCAUACGUUCCAGAUAUUGCUCAGAAGAGUGUCAAUUACGCCAUGAAAGCGAUAAUAUAAGCAGGGUGCACACGACACCCCGCUUUUCCAGUCCCAAGGAGCAAAUUCUGACACCAUAUGCCCUACCGUAUCCUGAUCACUUAUACUGUCGGCAUCAUCGUAUGCACAGCGCCCAAUUAUACAAUGUUGAUUCAGCUGUUAACGUCCAGCAAGGCAGCUCCUCAAUUUCGGACGUUUACUCCGAAGUUUACCCCCAUUUUGUAAGCAGUAACCAAUCUGCAGCCUUGGACUAUGUCUACGAUCCAAUGGCCAGCUCUACUCAAAUUCCGACUAGUUAUAAGCGAUUGUCAGGAACCCAAAGUGGUGGUACCAGUGUCUCGGACGACUACUUCGCGACAUAUUCUCAAGGAAAUCAUGUUUCCAAGGUUAGUGCCAUCAGUCAUGCAAGGAAAUUCGCCGGUUUGGAUAAUUUACGAGGACGCACUCCACUAAAUCCCUCUGAGCACAUGGUAAGUAAUCGGGUGCUCACCCUCCCCAAUCGCCGACAGACCCAGCAAUCACUAAGUACCUGUGGUGGAGGCGAUAUCCUAUCCCCUCCCAUCCCACUGGACUCGAUAACUCCAACGGUGCGGCCCAUUCGCAUGUAUAAUGGACAUCUGGGCAGUGGAUCUGCUGAUUACCGUGUAAGCGCAGCAGACGGCGAAAGCGCAGCUGCUGCGGAGUUGUUGACGACAGACGCAAAUGAUUUACUGGACGUCGACGGCAAUUCCUCGUCUGGAAUCGGCGGUGGCAGCAGCACGAAUGCUGGACCUUCGAGUGGUGCUCCUGCCUUCCGACAAGGCGAUGAAUACUACAUGAUGAAUGAAAACGAAAAUAUUGAAAUUAAUUGGCCGACUUCUCCGGGUGGCGUUGCCACGGCCUCAGCCGGCACUGUUUAG